AUGUUGCAUUUCUUGAUACUGCUGGUGUUGUCGUCUUUGAGGAAAAGUUCCGAAUUCCCACAUUCACUCCGGAUGGCUGCAAUUCUUGAUGAUCCAAUGGAGUGCAGCAGAGGUGAAAGACUUGCCAUUAGUCUUGCGAAAAAUCAUAUCAACCAUAUGGUGGAUCAAUCUGAAAAGGCAAGACUGGACGUUGACCUGUUUGAGCUGCUACGGGACAGUGAAUAUGAAACAGCAGAAACUACUUGUCAGAUUCUGCCAAAGGGGGUUGUGGCAAUCUUGGGCCCUUCUUCAAGUCCAGCAUCUGCCUCUAUUAUCAGCCACAUCUGCGGUGAGAAGGAGGUCCCUCAUGUUAAAGUGGCUGCUGAAGAAAUUCCUAAAUUGCAGUAUUUGAGGUUCACUGCAUUAAAUCUGCACCCAAGUAACAUGGACAUCAGCUUGGCUAUUGCUAGCAUCUUGAACUUCUUCAACAGGACCAUGGCAUGCCUGAUCUGUGCCAAAGCUGAAUGCCUUUUGAAUUUGGAGAAGCUAUUACGUCAAUUUCUCAUUUCGAAGGACACUUUGUCAGUCCGAAUGUUGGAUCAAAGUCAGGACUCAACGCCACUCUUGAAGGAAAUUCGAGAUGACAAAAUUGCAACAAUUAUUAUUGAUGCCAGUACUUCAGUGUCAGAAUCGAUCCUUCACAAGGCCAUGGAGUUAGGAAUGACAUCUGCCUAUUAUAACUACAUCUUCACAUCUCUGGAGUUUCCCCUUUUCCAUUUUGAUGGGUUAAACGAAGGCCAUGUGAAUAUAUUUGGAUUUUCCAUCACUAACCCGGAUCAUCCACGUUAUAAUGACUUUGUCUACAGUCUGAAUGAAUCCUGGCAGGAAAACUGUGCACACAUAUCUUAUCCUGGAGCAGCACUCUCCUCUGCGCUUUUGUUUGACGCUGUCUAUGUCGUUGUCACUGCUGUCCAUGAACUUAACCGCAGUCAGGAAAUUGCUGUCAAAUCCUUGUCCUGUGGUUCUGCACAGAUUUGGCAACAUGGAACCAGCCUGAUGAACUACCUGAGAAUGGUGGAAUUAGACGGUCUAACUGGUCAUGUUGAAUUCAACAGCAAGGGUCAGAGAACUAAUUACAUUUUGAAGAUUAUGCAACGCAGUAGAGAAGGGCUGAAACAGGUUGGGAUCUGGCACUCAGAGAAUGGGCUAGUGAUGGACAGAAGAUUUUAUUUUUUUAAUGCUUCAGAGACUUUGUUCAAUAAGACACUUAUAGUGACAACAAUCUUGGAAAAUCCUUAUGUGAUGCUAAAACCAAACUACCAGGAAUUGGAGGGAAAUGAGCGCUACGAAGGGUUCUGUGUGGAUAUGCUGAAGGAGCUAUCAGAAAUCCUCAGAUUUCAUUACAAAAUCCAACUGGUUGCUGACGGUGUGUAUGGGGUGGCAGAGUCCAAUGGCACAUGGACUGGGAUGGUUGGUGAGCUUAUUUCAAGGAAAGCUGAUCUCGCUGUAGCAGGCUUAACGAUCACAGCAGAGCGUGAGAAGGUCAUCGAUUUCUCCAAACCAUUUAUGACUUUAGGAAUUAGUAUUUUGUACCGAGUUCAGAUGGGUAGGAAACCUGGUUAUUUUUCCUUCCUGGACCCUUUCUCUCCUGGUGUUUGGCUCUUCAUGGUGCUUGCCUAUCUUGCAGUCAGUUGUGUUCUCUUCCUUGUAGCCAGGUUAUCUCCUUAUGAGUGGUAUAACCCUCAACCUUGCUUUAGAGGAAAAUGUAACGUGUUGGUCAAUCAGUACUCACUAGGAAACAGCCUCUGGUUCCCAGUGGGUGGCUUCAUGCAGCAAGGAUCAGAGAUCAUGCCUCGAGCACUCUCCACACGCUGUAUUAGUGCAGUAUGGUGGGCUUUCACACUGAUUAUCAUAUCAUCGUACACAGCCAAUCUGGCUGCCUUCCUCACUGUACAGAGAAUGGAUGUACCAAUAGAAUCAGUUGAUGAUCUUGCUGAACAGACAAACAUUGAAUAUGGGACAAUUCAAAGAGGAUCAAGCAUGACUUUUUUCCAGAAUUCUCGAUACCAGACCUACCAGCGAAUGUGGAACUAUAUGCAUUCCAAACAGCCAAGUGUCUUUGUGAAAAGCACAGAAGAAGGAAUUUCUCGAGUUCUGAACUCCAACUAUGCCUUUUUAUUAGAAUCCACCAUGAAUGAAUACCAUCGACAACGUAAUUGCAACCUUACACAGAUUGGUGGUCUCCUGGAUACCAAAGGAUAUGGUAUAGGCUUACCACUUGCUUCACUUUUUCGCAAUGAAUUUGACUUAGCCAUUCUCCAACUUCAAGAAAAUAACCAGCUGGAAAUGUUAAAGCGUAAGUGGUGGGAGGGAGGAAAAUGCCCAAAGGAAGGAGAGCACAGGGCAAAAGGUUUAGGAAUGGAAAACAUUGGUGGAAUCUUUGUGGUUCUAAUCUGUGGCUUGAUUGUUGCUGUUAUCAUGGCUGUGAUUGAAUUUACUUGGACAAUGAGACACACCACAGAAACGGAGAUUUCUAUUUGCCAGGAGAUGCUGAAAGAGUUACGGAGUAUUGUGUCAUGCCAGGAGAGCUUUCAGUCUCGGCGGAAACGCCGCUUGAUACGGACCCGUUCCAAUCACACUGAAACUUCACGUGAUGCAAACACCAUGAGCCUGAGCAAUGGGAAACUGUGUGGUGGCAGAGUGCCAGACCCCAUCUCCCAGAGAUUGGCACACGAGGCUGCCCUGGCAGUCAGAGGUUGCACCCACAUUCGUGUCUGUCCUGAAUGCCGUCGAUUUCAGAGUUUGAGACCCCGAUCCAUGGGGACACCAAUACCAAGUGAAGAGUGUCUAGAGUGGGAAAGGGGGACAACCAACAGUAGUGACCAAGAGCAAUAG